AUAAGAGCGCCCGGUUAGGGUUGUUCAAAAGAUCACAAGCACAUUUCAAUGUUGCUUUUUAAAUUUAAAUAAUAACUUUUCCUUGAGUUUGGAUUACAAAUAUUUAAUUCGUUCUAGUUAGGAUGAAUUCAAGGUUCUACUUGUGUCAACUGUUGGGUAUCUAAUUUCUAAGUAUUGAUAUCAAAAACACUUACUGGCAAGCAUAUGGAUUAUUGCGAUAAAACUGUAAAAUACCAAAAUUUUUCAUUUUUAUGGACUACAUAAAUAUAUAUUAACCACGUAUUUCCACUUAUUGCAUUCACUUUAUCAUAGGAUUAUGAUCUGCGAUAAUAAUAAAAACAGGUAGCAAGUACAAACAUAUAAAGGACUGGGUAUUGAUCUCAUAAUAUUGAGAAGCAAGUUUAAUUCAGCGCAAACCAAGUUCCAGGCGAAAUGACCGCGAAAAGUACAGAUAUUCAAAAGCUGAAGCUGCUAGAAACUGAUAUUCAAGAGCUGAUACGGGAAGCCACCGAAGCCAGGCAGAAUGCUUACUGUCCUUACAGCAAAUUUAAAGUGGGUGCUGCAGUUCUAAGCACAGAUGGAACAAUUUUCACUGGUUGCAACGUAGAAAAUGCUGCAUUUACUAGUGGAAUUUGUGCGGAAAAAUGUGCUUAUGGUAAAGCAGUGAGUGAGGGCAAAAUUAAAUUUCGAGCUGUUGCGGUAAUUGCUCAGCAGGAGUCGUUUUUUACCACGCCUUGUGGAUCUUGCAGACAAUUUAUGAGUGAAUUUGGGAAUGUCGAUGUCUAUGUUUCCAAACCGAACCAUCAGGAUGUAUUGGUACUCACUUUAGACAAAUUACUGCCAUAUCAGUUUGACCAGUUCAUAGGUAUUUUAUGCAACAUUUUUUACUCUUAUUUCUUCGAACCUUCGAUACAAUAGAAACAUGUACAGGGUGGCCAAAAAGUCCGGAAACGAUUGAAUAUCUGGAAAAAUACGCUACAAAACGGAAUAAACAAAACACUAAUCUGUUGAUAAUUGGAUGAAGGUAUCAAACGAUACGAAAAUGAUUCCCCCCACACAAGCUUAACGUUUCGUUUUUUUUCACCAACAGGUGAAUCCCCUCGUCUCUCUGCUGCAUGUAACUGGAAGUCAAAUUUCAGUAUUUAAUUAAUUAGGAAACCCACCACGCCGAUGGUGUGCUGGUAAAAUAGCAAAUAGCAAAUGAGAAAAAAAUCAUCAAUCAAUCUGAAAGGAAUCAAUCGAAAGGUAGGUACGUAUUUUAUUAAACAAAACGCGAACUUUCAUUAAAUUGGUCGCUCCUCUUUAAGGCUU